UGACGUUGACAUUUAGUAAUCAGCUGUGUUCAAAGGUUAUUAGCGAUAGCAACAGACAGCACUUAACUUUGUUUGGGUUUGAAUUCGUUCUUACAUUUCAUUUUUAAAUGGGUUUUUAAAUAUUUUCUUAUAUGUUUAGUAUAUUAGUACGUUUAUAUGACCAGGGGACUUGAGUUGAAGCCUUGCCUUUGUAAUUCGUCAGAACACCGCUUUGCCGCAUAGCAGUAAGAGUUUUGAUAUCAUAAAAAUUCAAUAAAAUCAUGGAUAAGAGGCCGGAUCUAAUUUAUAGUGACUAUUUGUCAUUAUCUACAGUAUUUAAAUCUAAAUAUAUGAAAAUUUUUAUGAUCCUUGAUGAACAAAUUAAGAGAAAUUUGAAGGUUGAAGGAAUAAUAACCAGACCAGUUAACAGCAAUGGAAUAUGGUGCUGUGCCCUAUUGCCAGCAGUUCUCAGCAUAUAUGCACUGUUCUACGAGGUGUCAUUGCUAUACAAAAUCAUUGCGUGUUUGUCAAUUGGCCUAUUGACCUACUCUAUAUUAUUUAUGCUCUUCUUAUCUGUGUCCUGUGUGGUGCUCCAUGAUCUAGGGUAUGGAGGCUGCACCGCUUCAACUAUGGUGUCAGUUCUGAUGGUGUACUAUUUCUUGGGACAAGAUUUAAUCUUCUCACUGAUUUGUUCAUUUCCCUCAUUAUUUUUAUACAACUUAUUACUUCGAACAUGUCUGGUACAGCACCCUAAGACAUUCACCGUGGGAGAAGCAAUGAUAGUUUCACAGGGAAUAGUUCUGACCAUAGUCACAAUAGGAAUCAAACUGUUCCGUGAUAUUGGAGACCAAGAUGAGGAAAUGGAAUUUAUUAACACUAUAGUCAAUACAAUGUUGUCAACAGUGGGAUUGAUUGUUACAGCAUUGUAUUUGCUGAGCGAUGACCAAAGGAACCUUCAGAACCUUGGCAAAAUUUUUACUGUAGCCUUAGCAUUCGCCAUGAUGAUACUACAUUCCAUCAUCGGAGUGGGAUUUCUGCCCAAAAUAAUUCAUUAUAUCUUCCUGAAUAAGAAUAGGGCACAAAUAUUCGCGUUUUGGCUGUCGCUUGUAGUGAUCGCGAUCCUGGUUCUAAUGUCCCGGACACAAUUGGCCAUCAAGGCUAACACGGUGACACGCAAGUCCUUCCAUGUGCUGGCCUCUCUUGUCUUCAUGUCUGGGAUCAUUCUGGAUGUCAACCUGAUCAGGCUAGCUUCAGGCAUUGGACUGGCCCUGGUGAUUUUGAUAGAGGCUCUUCGGAAAUCCAACAUAGAACCAAUAUCAUCGACACUGCAAGCAGCGUUUGAUGUGUACAGUGAUGAGAAGGACGUGGGCUCGUUCGCCAUGAGCCCGCUGUACCUGUUCGCGGGGCUGGCGGCGCCGCUGGCGCUGGUGCCGCAGCGCGCCGCGCCGCUGGAGCGCCUGGCGGGCGUGCUGGCCAUCGGCGUGGGCGACGCCGCAGCCAGCUGGCUCGGCUCCAACUACGGCUUCUACAAGUGGAGGGUUGACAACAACAGAACUUUGGAAGGCACAGCAUUCAACAUCCUUUCACAAAUAGCAACUGUCUAUGCAUUGGUUUUAUUCGAGUUUCUGGACGCCAGACUGUGGUGGUUUCGGGCCACCGUGUCCGCCAUCGUAUCAGCGUUGGUGGAGGCCCACACGGCGCAGGUGGACAACCUGGUGCUGCCGCUGGUGGCGCUGCUCGCGCUGCAGGCCACCGAGCCGCUGUGCCGCCUCGCGCCAUUCUAGCGCUGGUCCUUCGCGGGGAUAUCACGAGCGUCCGCCACUGUCAGUCUGUCACUGUCAAAGUCAAACGUUUAUUUGCCAACUAUGAGUCAUUAACAUUGACGUACUAUAAACAACGUACUAUAAAAUAUGUUUAUAGUUGAUCGAAUGUUAUAAAUAUAAUACAUGUGGUAUGUAUAAUUUUGUUCGUAUCAUAGCAACCCGGUGAGUAUUGCAAAUGUAGUCAAUUACAAUAAUAAUGACUGAUAAUUAUUUUACUUAUAUAAAACAAUUUUGAUUUAAUUUAUUAAUUUAACUUUUCACUUCAAAGGCGCGGCGUGACUCGUGAUAUCGCUGUAGGGCUGAAUGUGGGAAUUUGUAUUGGGGAGUAAAUCGUUUGCGCUGUAUGACUGGCUGAACGAAAACGCGAAACUAUUAUCGUUUUCCUUGUUUUUUUUACUGGCAAUAUCAUAUAUACAUACAUACAUACAUAAAAUCACGCCUCUUUCCCGGAGGGGUAGGCAGAGACUACCUCUUUCCACUUGCCACGAUCUCUGCAUACUUCUUUCGCUUCGUCCACAUUCAUUAGACUUGGGAUUCCUCUUUAAUGUAAAUCCCUGCCAAUCUAAGGUCUGCCGCGCCGAUGGAUGCAUGGCUAGGGGCGAGCCUAGUCUCGAGCGUGCCACUUCCGCCAUGGGGUUGGGCGACCCCCAGGUAAUGGCUAGCCUUACCCUGGCAUGCGGGGCUCUGCUGGGGCGGACAAAAAUUUUUCCCUAGCGUCUCGUGGGAAUCGCAUGGAUGCAAAUUUUUUGAAAGAGCACCUAGAUGGCGGCGAUGGUGUCCGCACCCCAUCACGUCUCGUUCCCGGCGGGAGCGGUAUGCGGUCUGCGGUCUGCUGAUCAUAUAUACCGUGGGAGAUUUUAACUAGGCAUUAAUAAAAUGGGCCAAGCUCCCAACACAUUUGUCGUGGUUACUUUAGAUAUAGGUAAGAGAGAGCAAAAGCACUCAGGACCACAGACAUCUGUGAAAAUAAGUACAAAUGUUUGUUUGAUUAUGGGAAAUAUAAUGGAAACAUAUUUUUAACAUCCCAAAGUAUAUAAUGUGUUCUAUGUUCAUUAAAUGGAAAGAAAAAUUUACAUAGUUUUACACUUUUGUAGUAUACAUAUUAAAUUUUGUUUAAUACGAUCUUUUCAAGAACUUUUAGAUGGCUUACAAUGUUUUUAUGGAAAGAUCAUGUCUUUCCAUAAAAACUUUCUUUUCUAAUUCCAAGCAUUCAAGUGAAUUUGACGGCUACAGAAAUUAUAAUAAGAUCAUAUGGAUUGUAGGAUAACUUUGAACUAUGAGAUUUAUUUUAUCAGUGGCAAAAUUUAUUUAAUUUUAUUGUUAUUAGUAUAUCUUUUUUACUUUUCUUUUAAACAUUCCAUUAAAAACCAAAGAAAAUACUGUUAUAUUGUUUAAGAUGUAAUUUAUUUUUUUAUUUUAAUAAAAAAUGAGUAUA